UUCAGUCAUGGCCUCCGGCAACGCCUCCAUCGGAAAGCCCGCCCCGGACUUCACGGCCACCGCCGUGGUGGACGGCGCCUUCACGGAGGUCAAGCUUUCGGACUACCGAGGGAAGUACGUGGUCCUCUUUUUCUACCCAUUGGACUUCACCUUCGUGUGCCCCACGGAGAUCAUCGCCUUCAGCGAGCAUGCCGAAGACUUCCGAAAGCUGGGUUGCGAGGUCCUGGGCGUCUCUGUCGACUCUCAGUUUACCCAUCUGGCCUGGAUCAACACCCCGCGGAAAGAGGGCGGCUUGGGCCCCCUGAACAUCCCCCUGCUGGCUGAUGUGACCAGAAGCUUGUCCCUUAAUUAUGGCGUGUUGAAAAAAGAUGAAGGCAUCGCCUACAGGGGCCUCUUCAUCAUCGAUGGCAAGGGUGUCCUUCGUCAGAUCACUGUCAACGACUUACCUGUGGGGCGCUCUGUGGAUGAGGCUCUGCGCCUGGUCCAGGCCUUCCAGUACACAGAUGAGCACGGAGAGGGUGAGUCGUUCUGCGCGUGCCUGUUCACGGUGGAGAGUCGCACCUCCGCUACCUGUCAAUCAAGUGGAUUGAUGGGAGGCUGCCUGCCCCAGUCCUUAGACCGCCGUGACGUCACUGAGCAGAAUCGGCCCAUAUAUGGACAUCGCUUCCGCUGCGUCAGCGGGGAAAGCCCCGUGGCGGGCGGGGAGACUGGGCGGGGCCGCGCAGGCGCACUGCGCAUCCUGCGCUGGGCAGCUUGUCACCGAGUCCUGCUGGACCGGCCACCGUCACCGCCGCCGCCUCUGGAGCUCGGGAACGCGGUGGAGGGUGGCAGGCUUGGGCUGGAUCUUACAAUGCCUGGACGGGGCUGA